GCGGGCCCGCGGGCCGGCAUGGAGCGGCUGUUCGCGCUGGAGCUGCUGGUGGAGGCGCUGCGGGUGGCGGAGCCGGGGCCCGCGGGGCUCCCGGGACCCGCCGAACACCCGGCCGUGGCGCUGCGCCUCUUGGACUUCCCCACCCUCGUGCUGCGCCCCGCCGCCGCCGCGCCGCCCCUGCGGCCGGGCCAGCUCUUCCCCUUCGGCCGCGGCAAGCGCUGCCUGUUCCGCUGGCGCCCGGACUCGCUUUUCGCCGCGCUCCGCCGCCGCCCGCUCCGCGCCCUGCUGCUGGCGCUGCCCGCCGGGCUCGCCCCGGGACCCCUCCGCCUCCUCGGCAGCUGCGCCGUGUCCCUGGCCCCCGCCGCCGAGCUGCUGCAGCGGCCCGGGGCGCCCUCCUCCUGCGGGCAGCGGGGCCGCUUCGCGGUGCGGGACAGCGCGGGCCGGCCCGUCGGGGAGCUGCUCCUGGGCUACCGCCUCAGCAGCCUGGAGGCCAAGGAGGCGAGCCCUGCCAGCCCCCGCGCUGCCACACCGCCCGCCACCACCCCUGAACCGCCAGACGAGGAGCAGCAGAAAGAAGGGGAGGAGGAGGAGAAAGAAGAAGAGGAAGAGGAGGAGAGUGAGCAGCUGGAAGGCAACGUCUUUUGCCCCCCGCUGCUGUAUUUCAGCCGUGGGCCGGCUGAGCCUCCGCGCCCGCCAGCUGCAGUGGGGCAGUGGAAACGUGUGGAGCCCCGGAGAGCGCAGGAGAAGGACAGGGGCCGCAGCCCACCACGCCCCAGCGCUGGGCCCUCGCUGCUGCACCCCGCCAGCCCUCCACAGCCCCACGGCAGCCUGGUGCAGCUGCCGCUGCUCAGCGCCUUGCUGGCGGAGCUGUCGGUGCUCACCCGCGGAGCUGUACCUGCUGCCGCUGUCCACCCCCAUCUUGCCUGGCUCUACCCGGCCCCGGGGAGUGGGGACACGGCCUCACGGCCCCCCAGUCGCUCCGCUGCCCUCAGGCCUGCAGAGACACCUGUGGGGCCUGGCAGGAGCAGUGAAGUCACGAGCCCUCAGCUCAAACAAGGCUGUCAAAAGGCCACGUCCCCAGCGUCUUCUGGGGCUGGGAGAAGACCCGAGAGAGCUGUGCCCCGGGAACAGCCAGCCUGUGAAAGGAACUCCAAAGCUAAGGAGAACAGACCUCCCAGAAAGAAAUUGUUGUAUGGGCUGACAAAUACACUGAGGCUACGGCUGCAGCAGACCAACCCGGAUAAGCUGAUAAUUCAUGAAAGGAGGGAGCAGUACAGAAAAAAGCAAAUGGGGAUGCUGAAAGAGAGAAGCCCCUUAACCAAGAGAAAGCUGGUCAGAAAUACUGAAGAACAGCAUGUGGUGUCUUGCAGGCAUUGUAGCACGGGAGGCAGUUCAAAGCGGAACAAUCAGUUGGAUAAAAUUGUUCAGACUUCAUUAGAAAACAGUGCUCUCUCAGAGUCUAUUUCUGUGACAGGAGAUGUGUCCCCUGGCCUGCAGAAACAGUCUAUUGCAAGUCUGUCUAGGAACAAUUCAAUUGUAAGCAAGGAAUGUCCUUAUAAAAUAACUUCAGCCCCCUUACCAGAGGAAACUGUGUUAAAACCUGCUCAUGAGGAAAAGUAUGCAGAAGCUCAACUGCCAGCAGCAUUGCCGCCAGAUGCUAAUACAAAAGGAAGUUACAAUGAUGCAACACACUUAAUCCAUCAUAAAACCGUGGAGCAGGAUGAUGUGUCUGUUGCAAGUCAUCAUAAACUAAGCCCCAGCAGAAGUGUUGAAAACAACUCUGAAUUCAUAUACUCUGAUGACUUUGUUGCUAGUCCAGAGAACACAGUUUAUUCAGAAGAUUUCACCAGUGCUGAGUGUACAGGCAGAGACUCGAAAGUUCUUGACAGCAGUCCUGAACCUCUGUGGCUUGAAAGACCAAAGCAAGAUAGGUCAGAUACAGAUCCAGAAUCCAGCAGGUCCAGAAUUUCAAAGACAAGUCAAAGAGCUCUAAGUACUUCAGAUCUUGUGCCAGUUCCUUCAGCUUCAUCUCCAGUCCAGUCUCUGAGGAGAAACUGUGACUUUAAAACCAGCAUGGGAACUAGUGCUGAGUCUGCUGAUUCACUUGACCUUGCUGACAUGGAGGCAUCAUUAGAUGAAGAGCAGAAAGCCCGACAGAUGAAUGAGGAGGCCGACAGGGGUGUUGGACGUACUAAAGAAAUAUCUACACUGAGAAGCAAACAAGUUAAAUCCAGUACUGAUCUGAGUAUAGGAAAGGAGCAGACCUCCACAGGACAAAAGCAGUCAGUAACUCAAGUUAGCUCCUACUCACCCUCUGACAUGUCUGAUCUUGAACUUAAUGUCCUGGAAAACAGUAUGUCAGACAGUGAUGAUUUUCUAGAAAAACUACAUGGUCCUAAUCAGUACAAAGACAUCAGUGAACUUGUAAUAAACAAGCUCCCAGGAUACACAAUGUAAUUAUAAGAUAUCUCUGUCUGGAUUAAGAUACAAUAUUUAAACUCUGUAAAUCCUGUUACGUUUAGUUGCACUGUAUGCAAGUUAAUUUAAGAUUCCAUCGUGCACCUUUAUUACAUCAGUGAAUUUAGUUACGAGAUUUUAAAAAUAAAUUACUAUUGAAUCUCUAACAACUGGCGUCUACAGCCUGACUUCAGUGUCAGUAUCUUAACACAAAAGUAACCCAAGCAGCACACAAAACAUAACUUACUGUCAAUGAAAUGAAAGACAGAAGCAGCAAAAGGGAAAGUACCCACUAAAGUAGUCCAGAGUAGAAGUAAUAACAUGCUACCAGAACAGUCAAGUAAAAAAUUCAUUCCUACCCGAACAGAAGGUUUUAUUCUUCCUGAAAAUUUCCAAGCUUCCUUUUCAUUAAAAAUAGUUACUUAAAACAUAUAAUCACAGCCAGUAGCAACACAGAAUUUUAUCAGCUAGUGAGUUUUAUGAUGUGUUUGUUUCCCUUUUCCAUCACUAAAUACAGGGACUGGAACUGGAUGAACCUUUUAGAGUUUCUUAGGCUGAAGUUUCAUUAAGUCAGAUUUUCACAAUUUAUUAUAGGUUAGUGUAAGAAUUAUUGGUGAUAUUAUCUGGGAAGGCUUUAAGACAUGGAUGGAAGUUACUUGACCUUGAAGACUAGGGUGUGCAAGGAGUAGGGAAGAGCACAGUAAAUCUUCAGUGCUUCUCAACUUCCUGAUUGCAUCCUCUGACUCUGGGGAAGGAGGUGGGGUCAGUACCCACAGUCCAGAAACCUGGAACAAAUGAGCAUAUAUGUCAUGAUGUAAAGAUGUGAGGUAAUGAGAAAUUUGCCAUGUCUCCUUUGCCGUUAAGAUAGUUGAACUGAUGUUUGCUUUUGAUUUCAGGUUUGCUUUUUAUGGCUUCCAGUUGAACUGAAUGUCUUCUGUUUAACUAUGAAGGUUUUUCUGGAGUGCAUAUGCUGAUCACAAAUUCUGGAGAUGUUUUUUGACUUGAAUUCCUUAGUUCUUAAGUCCCAUGUACCCCCCUUUUCCCUCUCUUUGAGUAGUUAAUCUCCAAUGUCAGCUUUCCAUUCCUAACUAUCUCAGCAAUUAGGACAGUUAUCCUCAGCGUUUAAUGACAGAUUUAUCCACUCUCCUUUUCUUUAUAAUUUACAAUCUGACUUCUUCCCACAACUUUUUAAUUUCUCACUGCAAUUUUCCAUGUACUUUACUGCAAGAGCCUGUGUUUACACUUGAACAUCUUGGAGGAGUAUUUCUUCCUUUCCCUCCUACUAUGUGUUUAUUUUGUAGGAAUGACAGUACCUCUCCUAUUUAAAGCAUGAACAUCUGUGAGGAUUAUUGGAGUAACUAGUGUUGACUUCUUAAAACACCACUACUAAUAUUUUUAAUCUAAAGGUAAGCAGCUGAAAUUACCUAUAUACCAAAGGAAUCUCUGGCCAGAGCAAUUCCAAAAUCUUACUUAGGGUGUCUUUCAUCUGCUAUUUAGACCAAAAUAUUUAUUUUUCUUCCAAUGCCAUGGACUUCUUUGAUAUACACUGAUUUAGACUGUCAUUUAUUCAUGACAGCUAUUCUGAUUUUAUUGAUGGAGUAAUCUCUUGCACUUCUCAUGAGCAAAACUGUCAUUAAAAUACAAUGCUGACCAACCACUUUUACAGUGGGGCUAUUUAAAUGAAUUGCUAAUGCUACAAGUGCACAAUUUGAAGAACAUUAUUUAAGAAAAUUUUAUUUCAAAAAUAAAAGUUUGUUUUCAGCUCCAAGUGGGUUGAAACUCAAAGGCAAAUUUCUGGUCUUUUUUCUAUCCUCUAUUCCAUCUUCACUUUUCAAUUUCCAGAAGCAAGUAUAGUAGAAGCAAUAUUUCUUCUGUUUAAAUAAUGAAACUAAUCUCUUUUCAGCUAAUUUUAUUUGGAAUAACAUUUCUAAUAUUUGCUGUGUAAUAGAAUUUAAAAUUUUAUCAGGAGAAUGAUGAAAAUGACAAAAAAUGCAUAUUAGGAAGACAAUAGGAGACAUUACACUAGAACAAAACUGCAGCAUCAUGCUUGCAUGGCUUAGCUUGUUUUUCCUUUUCAAAUAUAUUCUUCAAGUAGUGAUUACUGCAUGGAAAGGUUAGCAGAUAAUUUCUACCCUGAGGGAUAAUAGUAUUUUCAGAUAUUAUUAUCUUGUUGUGAAGGUAAAUGAAUUUUUACUUAACAUUCAAACAGCAACUCUCAGUCAACAAAAAUGGGAAAGAUCUUUAUAACUGAAAACCCAUAAACCAAUAUAUUGGCAAGAAAUAGCUGCUAUUGACAGGAGGAUUCUAUGUCAACACAACAGAACAAAACAGAGAUAUUUACUACCAAUAUAAAAUAUUUUUAAAUAGCCACAGCAAACUCCCUUAUGUAGAAUUCCUGUAAUAAUCUACACCUACAUUAUACUAGCUAGCCAGUUUUGUCAUUAUAACUUGCAUCCUGUACCCCUGUUAUCAAGUAGUUAAGAUCAGAAGUUUAAUAAGAGAUUUCUCUAAUGGAGGUAUUACACCAUUAUUUCAUAAAGACAUAAUUUCUGAACUGUAAGGGCUGAAUUGCAUGGGUGAUGUUUGUGCAGGGAAUAUGACAAUAUGCUGGGUGAAGCAAAUAAUAGUAGCACAUACACUGCAAUUCUUGCACAGCUGUCCCAGAAGUAACAUAAAUACUUAGGAAUACAUGGUCUCAUUGACUCAUUACACCUAAGAAUUUCCUUGCUACACACUAUUAAACAGGAAACUACAACAAUAUAAAACUUGAAGUAACUAUAAACUUCAAACUUUACUACAGCGAAAUUAAAAGGUGAGAAGUAAUUACUUAAACUUAUAGAUCCUCACUAAAAAAGCCACCUAACUUCUUACUUUAGACUUGUUACUUUAACAAGAUUACUUUAAAUCUGUAUGAUAUUUUAGAAAUAAGUUAUAUGGGUAUUCAAAAAGAUAGUUUCAUUGCUUAAAUUAAGGGUGGUUUAAUCUGCCCAAAUACAACUGAACUUCAUGUUUUACAAUAAGACCCAAAACAAGAAAUAAACUCUUAGAUUUACACAUUAAUUUUUUAAACAGUUAUUUCAGCAUACAGUUUACUAUGUAACUGAUGAUGGGAAGAGCAGGAUACCAAAUACUGAUAGUUUCUGGCACUCUUCCCCUUCUACUGUAAUAUUUUCUUUCUGCUAAGUACUUCUUACAUUCUUAUUACUUGAUGGCCAAAAACAGUGGUAAGAUGCCAGGUAGGUUUCCUCCACUUCAUUUUUUCAUUCCUCAGCACUCUGAUUACAUGACACAGUUUCUUCUCUGUGAUUUCUCUGAUGACAGUUCCUACCACCUAUUUUAUUACUUGUAAUCCCUUCAUCAUUUUGGAAAUGCUUUCCCUCAGUUUUCUGAAAUUCCAUCCAGCCUUGGUAAUUGUACAAUUGAACUUUUGACUCUUUUCUUACUACUUUCAUUUUUCUAGGUCCCAGUAUUUGCCUGGUAUUGUAAUAAAUUUGCUUCUCUUUGUGUAAGUGCUGCUCAGAGUUAAAUGCUAGUCAUUAUUUAGAAAUCUUUGUGACUUUGCUUUCCUUUUCUCAGCAUUUGUCACCAGCAUCUACUUUACUACUUGCUCAUCUCUGAUUGUCUAAAAAAAAGUCAAAUCAUUGAAUCCCCUAUUUACACACUUAAGAGGUUUUGUUGACUUCUACAUGCAGGACCUUCCCCAGCUGCUGUAUACCACCACUCAUUCAGAGCUGUAGAACGCUCAUCCAGGACUGUGAACAUUUGCCCAUAGUUGUCAUUUGCCAUGGCAGACAUCAGGCUUCUCUACCUCUACCAUAUCCUGCCUUUAAAAUAAAGUUUUGAUUUCCAAAUUAACUUUUCUUUUAAGAUGACUGGGGCCAUCUCUGUGAGAACAGAUGUUGGCUUUAACAUGCAUUUAGACCUAAUGGCAAUCACAUCUGCUAUAGUUAGUGUUUGCUACCAGAUAGCUGCUUGCAAUUUCCAUCCUUUCUUUCAGUCAGUAUACUGCUCAAUUUUAAUAUCAUUUUUGUUCACAUUGAGGUUCUUCCCUUAUGCAUGAAUGAAUGCAUGCAGUUCUAUUAUGCUAAAGUCACCCAGACAAACUGCAACUUCACUGUCUUUUUCUUGUUUGCCAUUGACAUUAAAUUGUUUUUGCUUUGAUUUGGCUUUUAUGAUUUCACUUGUCUGAAUUUUAUGUGGCAAUUGUAACAUAAACCUCCCCUGACUUUACAGAAUUGCUUGCAUAUUCCCAGGAGCGUAUUCUGUGUUCUCUAUUGUUUUCUAGAGGAUAAAUUUGAGUGUCUCAUGCUGGAGAAAACAGUAUUAAUCUUUAAUUCUGCAGAGACCUCUGCAAGUGAUUCAUUUACCAAUUGUUUAAAAUAACAUGGCUUGGUAGGGGAAGUGCUUAAAUAACAUCUGAGAUACAUAUUACUCCUAACUAAAUGAACAUUUAAAGAUUGAUUCAGGCACAGAGAAUAAAAAACCCCAAAGCCAAACAAACCCACCUUCCCUCCUGAAACAACAAAAAAAAACCCCAUAAAACUAAAAUGUUAACUAAUACAAUUUCAGAUGUCUAUUAUAUAUCUUUAUUCUAAUCAUGGACAUUUUACAAAAAUUUUGGGCAUUAGCCUGAAAAUUUCCAUAAUGCCUUUAUGUUCCCUAUGUAUCUAUUAACAGAAGGUAGCAGGUUUUUAAAAGGAAGUAAAGGUAUUUAAAUUGUCAUAUCCCCUGAAAUUCCAUGAGAAUUAAUCACCUCAAAAAUGGUUGUGGAAUGGAAACCCAUGCAGAGGACUCUAACUGUAUUAUCACUUGGAAUGCAGAAGUGUUUUUGAAAGAAGAUAAGUCAUGCUUCAACAAAUAUUUUCAGAGGUAUUUGGAAAGUUUAGUGGUAUCAUGAUUGAAAGAAACUCCCUUGGUGUCAAGGAUAUUCCAGCCCUUUUUCUCUUGUUUUUAACUGUUGGCAGAUUCAGUAUUUUUCCUGUCCCUUAUGCUUAUGUAGAGAGUACUUAACCUUUGACUCCUCCCUAAAUUUCCCUGCCAACAGGAUAUUCAGAACCUUAUUUCAGAGACAUCACCCUCUGCCCCAUUAUGCCUUUCAUCUCGAUGCCUUGCCUGUUCCAGUUUCUCAUCACGUAUUUCAUGCCAUCUUUAGAAUUUAUAUUGCCCCACUUAUCAUUCAGAAAAACUCCUAACACUUCUCAGACACUUUCACUGAUUUGUUCUCAUCUUUGAUAUCAAAGUUUUGACCAUUGUCUCAUUGCUGGCUUUGCAUCGUUUAUCCCCUUCCUGCCUCUAUGAACCUGUUUCUUUCUCCGCAGCCAUCUCUAUGUAAC